AUGGAAUCGGAAUUGGCCUUGAUCGACAAGGUUGAACUUCGAAUUGCAUUGGCUUCGAACGAUGCGCAAUUUGAAAAUUCAUUGAAGGUAUAUCUCGCGCCGUUGUUGUUGAAGUUGGCAAGUCCUUAUAGCCAGGUGAGACAAGCGAUAUUGAAGAUUAUCCAGAACGUAAUUCCCAGAAUAACUGCUGCCAGGACCGUUAAGUUACCUGUAGAACUGUUGUUGGACCAGGUGAAGAACCCCAAGAUUGCUGAGGGUCAGGAUCCGGCGCAGGUGAGAUUGUAUUCGUUGUUGUUCAUAUCCAGAGGUAUUGAGAGGUUGGACCAACAGUCCAAGGAACAAUUGAUUCCGAAGGUACUUGAAGGCAUUCAUAAGUUUACAAGUAACGUUUCGGCUAGAUUAUUUAAUAUAUUCUGUAAGUUGCUAGUAGAUGUGAAGUAUAAAGUAGAAGUUCACGAGUCAGACGACGGCGACGCUACAAAGGACUUGGUUCAGAACGACGACGAUAAGGCAUUCAUUUGUCAAUGUAUUGCAAAAUUCUUCUUAUUACAGCCAAUCGUGGAACCUGUCAUAUUGCCUGGGUUGACUCUUCGGGAUACUUCAUUUUUGACCAGAGAUGCUGGUGUUCUGUACAAAACUCAGCAAGAAAUCACUCAGGUGAAAGUUGUAUUGUUGGAGUUCUUGAAAACUGGCCAGUCCACAAAGACUCCAUUGUUUAGUGCAACUAACUUGAGGAUCCCUCUAUUAAUUGCAAGCUCUGAUUCUUCUCUGUCAAUAAAGGAUCCCUCUGAAGUCAUAUUUAAGAAGGUGGCCCUAGACUAUGAGGAUAAGGAAUUCGUUGAUACUUUGUUUAAAUUACUUAUCGGUGGCGAAGGAUUCCCUCCAGUGAAAUCUACUUUGCAAGAGCUCGUAUUGACUGUUUUGUUGAAAAGUAAAUAUGCUACUACUCAUCCAGAUAUAGGUAAAGUAGCACAAAUUGGGUUUGGAUCUGAAAAUACGAGGUUGAAGCAGAUCACUGUACAAUUUAUCCGCUGGGUUAGUAGAGAAGGUGGAAAUACGAAGGAAGGUAGCCAUAGUAUACAAUUUGCAAGUGAAAUGGGCGAGCAGUUGAAGCAGCUUUUGCUUAACGAAGGGUGGCCCAAAUUGGACACCUCCGUGGUGAAAAACUACGUGAAUACCAUUGCUCAACGUCAACUGCAAUAUGAAGCUUUAGGGGAACUUAUAAAAUUGAACCCCGACCUAAUUAAUUCGAAUUUGCAUUCGAACGCACCGGGCUUACUGUAUGUCGAAUUUUUUUUCCAAUCUUUAGAAGGAGAUGAAGUAGAGUUAAGAUCAACCAUUCAAGAUGCACUUUCGGGCUUAACAGUGCAUUUGCCCAAUUUACUGAAAGAGUCCAAAGAUUAUCUUAAAAAAAUUUUGAAGAAGUACUUAGCUACAUCUAAGAUUACUGAAAGCUUGCAAUCAUGCCGUUAUAUAGCUAUCAAAUACAUCAAUUGUUGCUUCCCUUUCAGUGAUGCAGAAGCAAGGUAUUUGUGUAUAUUAGGAACCAAUAAGGAAAAUCGCUCAGACACUAUCGAAGAAUCCUUGAAAGGAUUGAACCCUCAUUGGUUCAAUAUUUUGCAGUCUUCUAACACUUUGGAAUUCAAGUCCACCCUGGAGCUAUUAGGAACUAGUGGAAACACACUCCAAUUUCCUGAUUUCAAAGAUAUGGUCUCAACAGUACAACUUGCGUAUGAAGUUGAUGACAAUGUGAACUUAUUGGGGUCAAUGGGCCAAGCAGUGAGAUUUAUAUUGUACACACUAGUAAUGAAAUCGAUCCAAGGAAAAUCUACAGUUAUUGUCAUAGAUGAUGAAUGGAGUACAAGGUUAGAAAAAGCCAUAGAAGUUGACCCAACGGUUCAAAAUUGCUUGAGGGAUGAAAUUUCAAAAGUCUCAAAUGAGGAUGUAGACAUGGGCAUAGAGAACUCGUCAGAAAUUGAUAACACCUUCAUUUCUUUCUUGAAUCUUAUCUUCAAAGCAUUUGCUGGUCAAUACGUCAAUUCAGGAAUCGUGUCAGAUAUUAUAUUUGGAUCAAGCUUUUCAAGAUUACUCUCCUUGUCACCAAACGAUGUUGUUUCAAAAUUGGCAUCAUCUGAUAUCCUUGACGAAUCAUUAGAUUUGUUAUUCUCAAAGCUGUUGAACGAAAUUUCCUUGAGUCAGUUAUCUCAAACUAUUGGUAUUAUUGGAAGUAUUGCUUCUGAUGAUAAAGUCAAAUCAACUUUCGAAAAAUUGAGCAUUGAAAUUGCCAGCGCAAAUACUAGUUCUUCGAAAUACUUACUUAGAUCUAAAUUAAUUGCAAGUAGUUAUCUUAUAUCAAGAAUGUGUGCCAGAAAUAGGGCUGAGCUUAUAUCCAAUAGCCUUCUUGAGUCUCAUUUAUCUACAAUCUUGAAGUUCAUUGAAGAUUCUCACACGUAUUCAUUAGCAUUGGACUGUGUAUCACAACUAUCAAUAUUUGGAGUACUCGGGCCAAAAUUAAAUCAAGUUUCUUCCAUUGAAGAAUUAACCCAGAAAAUAAAAGACGAGAUACUUAAAAAGGUUAAAAAAUGUGAUGAAAAGGCUGUUAUUGCAUUAGCACAUCUCUCUUUGAGUAUGAAGCCUUCUUUUACGGAGACUAUAGCUGAUGGGACUGAUGUCCUGGAGUUAACUUCUUUCGAGCAAGCUGUUUACGAUACUCAUAUUUCGAAGCAGACAGAGUUCACUUUCUCUUCCGGGGAAGCAUUCGCAAUAUUGGCAGCUGGGUGGAAAUCUACUAUUUUGAAAAGACAACUUGAUAUUUGUGAUGAAACUUCAAUGCAAAAUAUAACUGAAUUGAUCCCUGAGGAUACGUCAAGGUUACCUGUGAUUUUGGAUCUAGUACUUAAGUCUUGUGCUAAUACUAAACCUUCUUUGAGAAGGGCGGGAUGCAUAUGGUUGCUAUCUUUAGUGCAAUUUGUUGGCCAUUUAGAGCCUAUCAAGAACAGUGCUGCUAAGAUUCAUGUCUCCUUUAUGAGAUUCUUAGCUGAUAGAGAUGAAUUGAUCCAGGAACUGGCCUCCCGUGGGCUCAGUAUUGUUUAUGAAAUGGGAGAUUAUGAUUUAAAAGAUACUUUGGUUAAAGGUUUAUUGAAAUCUUUCACUGAUACGACCUCUACUUCUGGAUUAGCUGCUGGUUCUGUCGACCAUGAAACCGAAUUGUUUGACCCAGAUGUCUUGAAGACUGGAGACGGUUCCGUCUCUACCUAUAAAGAUGUCUUAAACUUAGCUUCGGACGUUGGAGAUCCAAGUUUGGUCUAUAAAUUUAUGUCGUUAGCUAAGUCUUCUGCGCUUUGGUCUUCUAGAAAAGGUAUGGCUUUCGGAUUGGGUUCAAUCUUGUCGAAAACUUCUUUAGAUGAGAUGUUGGUUACCAAUAAUAAAUUGGCAACAAGAUUGAUUCCAAAGCUUUAUAGAUAUAAGUUCGAUCCAAGUACGGCAGUCGCUAAAUCGAUGCAAGAUAUUUGGAAUGUCCUCAUAAAAGAUUCUUCAAAAACUAUUAACGAUCAUUUUGAUAAUAUUUUACAAGAGUUGUUAAAAAGUAUGGGAAAUAAGGAGUGGAGAGUUAGACAGGCACUGACGACUGCCAUGAUCGAUUUAUUACAAGUCGUGACUUUAGAGCUUUAUGAAUCCAAACUAGAAGAAAUUUGGAACAUGAGUUUUAGAGUUAUGGAUGACAUAAAAGAAAGUGUUAGGAAAGAAGGUAACAAGCUUACGAAGUCUUUGGCAAGUACAAUCACUAGAAGAAUUGAACUCAGUAGUAAAAAUAAGGGAGGUGCUAAAUCAGACGCAAAAAGUAGUGAAUUUUUACAGAGUCUCAUUCCGUUCUUAUUAGGAACUAAGGGUCUUCUCAGUGAUGCUGAAGACAUUAGAAAUUUUGCCUUAGAGACUAUAUUAAAGCUUGUUAAGGUUGGAGGGUCCACUAUCAAACCAUUCAUCCCUGAGUUGAUUGAUAAUUUCAUUAAUCUAAUGUCUACUCUAGAACCCCAAAUUGUCAAUUAUCUUGUGCUAAAUGCUGACAAGUACAAUUUGAAAAAUGAUGAUAUUGAUGCAAAACGUUUGCAAAGUGUUGGUCAAUCUCCAAUGAUGGAUGCAAUUGAAAAAAUGCUUGAUCAAUUAGACGACUCCAUGAUGUCUACUUUCAUCGUGAAAUUACAACAUUCUAUCAAAAAAUCAAUUGGAUUGCCGCUGAAAGUCUGUGGUAGUAAAGUGUUAGUUUCUUUAGUCACGAGGCAUUUGCAGUUGAUCAAACCAUAUGGGGAUAAGUUAUUGAAGAUUUGUGUGAAUCAGAUUAACGACAAGAAUGAUGCCAUUGCCUCUUCAUAUGCCGCUGCUGCAGGUUAUUUGUGCCGUAUUUGCUCCACAACAGCGAUAGGCAACUACUCUGAAACAUUAAGAAAGCUUUACUUUGAGUUUGAAAAUGACAGAAACAGAAUAGUGAGUUCGAUUGCAAGUGAAAGUGUGGCAAAGUAUUCGAAGGACAAGUUCGAAUCUAUCGCCAGCUCGUUCUUACCAUUGGCCUUCAUAGGUAAGCAUGAUUCUAUCGAGGUUGUCAAGAGAAAUUUUGAUAGGGAAUGGAUUGAAAAUACUUCAGGAAAUCUGUCUAUCAAGCUCUAUAUGAAAGAAAUUAUUGAAUUGUCUCUGUCUUACUUGAACAAUUCAAGGCUGUACGAAGUUAGACAAAUUCUUGCUAAAACAAUCGCUGAUAUGGUUAACAACAUUGACAGUACACAUGAGUUCUCAGAUAGCACUCGUUUGCAAUUAUUCGAAUUAUUAUUGGAAGGAAGCAAGGGGAAAUCAUGGUCUGGGAAAGAGUUCAUUGUGGAAGCAUUAAUUCUAUUCUCUGUCAAGUGUAAGACCUUUUUAUUGAGUGAACUGCAAGGACCACUUAAUGAAAAGAUCGAAAAGACCAUUAUUGUGGAAAUUAAGAGAAGAAACAAAGUCUACCAGAAGCAAGUAAUCAAGCUAGCUAGUAAAUACAUCUACAAUUUCAAUCUGAGGGAUUUGAUUGAAGUAUACAUUGAUAUCAUGGAGGAAUUGAUAUCUGACAAGGACGAUACUGAAGAUGAUUCAGAUAAUGACUCAGACGCCAUGGACAUAGACAGUAAAAAGCCUGGUAAUUCGGUUAAAAUUGAGGAAAAGAGGUUGAAUUUUAUUGUAAGCUUGUUUGAUUCAUUUAACCCUCAAAUUCAGGAUCAUGGUGACGAUAAGUUGGGAAUGCUAGUCUUUGGUUCCAUCAAGAAGUUGUUCGAAUCUGAAGAAGUUAGCAAUUCUUGGAGAUCUAAGUUGACCAGUUGUGAAAAUAUACUGAAAGUCAUUACGAAAUCUAAAGAUUACUUGACCCCCACACUAAUUGAUUAUAUUUUUGAACUAUGGUUAAUUCUUUCCAAGAACUGCUUAGGACCAAAAGAGAUAGAGAAUAUCAAGGUCAAUUUCGUCAGACUUUCUAGUUUGGUAAUUGAUUUAGUUAAUGAUGAGAAGGCUAGUGCUAUAAAGCAAACCUUACUCGAAUUCAAAGAAAGAGAAAGCUCAAACGUCGUGUUAACAGAAUUAAGUAAGAUUAUAUAG